GGCUAAACUAGGGUGUUUUUGUCCCGUUCGCAGGCUACGUUCUUCCAUGCCACAUUUAACAAUGGAAUUGUAUAUCAACAUGGCGCUUUCGAAAGCUUGAAUUUUACACGUGGUUUUUUCUGCAUUAGUCAAUGUUGAUGGUGUUUCUUGUGGGCGAUUUAUGUUUAUAAAAUGUAGUUUAGUACGGUGCAAAUCGGGGCACUAGAUCGGAGAAAAUAAUGGGAAUCCAGGGCCUGCAAUCCUUUGUUGAAAUACAGUGUUCAAACGACGCAUGGGGAGACAUUGAUUUCAAGGAACUCAAUCAAAGUUUAAGUCAUGGAAAAACAUCAAACGCGCCAUCAGUUCUUGUUGUGGAUGCAAUGAGCUGUUUAAAACAUUUCUACGCUUCCAACACGGACUGGGUUUGUGGCGGUCAGUGGAACGAAUUACUCCGCAAUGUUGAAAACUUUGUGAAAGCUUUUCGACAAAUCGAUAUCGAACUGGUGGUGUUUUUUGAUGGCGAACAAGACACGGCUAAAAUUCAGAGCUGGAUUCAAGAAGAAGAGGAAUAUCGACAAUUAGUUCAUCAGAUUUUAUCGCAUGUUCAUAACACAGCUACAUUUCCACCCAAACGACAUUUUUUUGCUCCGAAAAGCAUCUCCACGUGUCUUCGUCUUGCAUUCCGUUCACGCGAUGUUGUCGUUUGUUCUACGGUGGGGGACUUGCACAAAGAAAUCAUCAAUUACUGCAAGAGGCACUCGUGUUUGGGGAUCCUAGGCUACCAUUCCGAUUACCUCUUGCUUGAUGCGAUGUCCUAUUAUUCAUCGUCGCAUCUCAAAAUAGUCAAAAGGUGUGGGGCGACAUCAAUGAGGUUUAACACCGAUGUGAUAUUUCGUGAGCUGGAAUUAGAUCGAAGUCGCUUAGCCCUGUUUUCCACGCUGCUUGGCAAUUCAUUCCUGCCCGAAGAGUGGCUCGCACAGUUUCACUGGUCACUUCUGGGACCGGAUCACCCCCUAGCAAAACUACAGGUAUAUAUUUUCGUUUUGAUUUGGAAAAUAAAUUAUGCAAUAUGUAUUGUACCAAUAUUCAAUAUUGAUUUGAAUUCUUGGUAUAAUGCAUUAUCAGUUUGAGUCGAGACUGAUGUAUUUUAGCUGCACCUGGUUGUUGGACGCCCACAUGCCUGUGUCCAAAGUGAAUGAUGAACGUCUGUAAAGGUCUCUGACAAACUAUAGUGCAAACGAUCACGCACCUGAAAAUGCAAGGUCUGAUAAAAUGCAAAAAUGUAAAAUGCAAGCUAUUACAGUUGAUUUCACAAACUUUUGGCCACGCCAAUUGCGAGGUUGGUUGGGAAUUUGGGAACUAUAAACACAAGAUCAUCAAGUUGAUUGGAAACCGGCCAAUCAAAUUCAGAAGUUUUGCAUCAAAAUAUCGAAAUUCGUUAUGAAAUUCCGAAGCAAGUUUGCAAGCAAGUUCGCAAAUUGCAAACAAUUUUGACGGUAAAUUUUAAAAACUAAACUUAUUGUAUUAAACUUAUUAUAAUUUUAAACCUGAAAUUAUUAUUAUUAUGAUAUUAUUUAUUAUUAAAUGAAUAAGUUUAAUUAAUUAGUUUUUUGUUUUUAAAAUUUACCACCAAUUGCCAACUUGCUCGCGACUUGGUUCGGAAUUUCAUAACAAAUUUCGAUAAUUUGAUGCGAAACUUCCGAAUUUGAUUGGCCGGUUUCCAAUCAACUUGAUGAUCUUGUGUUUAUAGUUCCCAAAUCCCCAACCAACCUCGCAACUGUAAAACCUAUAUUCAGUUAUAUUUGCUUUUCAUGUUGAAAAGUGCUUCAUUCAUAUUUCUUGUAUUUCAGGCUCAAGUUGGAAAGCAGUUUAUCUUGCCUCCGUAUGAUGUUGUUGUAAGAAGCGUGGCAAAGUAUGUGCGAGACUUGGUGGAUAUCUCCGACCUUCAAGCCAUCAUGGUGCAAGUGUUCAGAUCACCUGAGACGACCGAAGCAGAUUUCUUACACAGAUUACAAAGAUCAAUUCAGCAUUACUCCAACGAUAGUUCCGAUGAAGGUAAGCUUUGUUUAUCAAGGACAGCAAAGUUACCCAACUGAUAUUUUGGGGAAAUCCGCCCUCAACAGCAUGUCUUUCAUUUGUUUGUAUCCCACAACUGAGAUGUGCUGACUGGGUUCGAAUUAACAGUGUGUAAUAUGCAAUUUGCAUAUCACUUUGUCCAAAAUUGGGAAAAUUGCACAUCACUUUUCCAACUGAUGUACAAAAGAUCUGUUAUUAGUAAAGUGGUUGUGACUAAUGCUUAUUUUCCUGUUUUUAUAUACAGCUAUUUCAAUUAAGGUUGUCCCCUGAGCAAAGCGGAAAAGUCGAAUAUGAGCGCGAAAGGCUGCUGGGAAUCCCUAAUAAAUUCAUUCAUUUAUUAGCGAUUCACAGGAGCCUUUUCGCGCUCGUAUUCGACUUUUCCGAUUUGCUCGAGGGACAACCUUAAUUGAAAUAGCUGUAUACAAACUUUUGUAAAAAGGAUAAUUUUAGUUCAGUUUCUAAGUAUUCUAGGUAUUUUAUAAUACAUGCAAAAUUUGUUCAAAGUGCUACUUCUUGAAAGGACAUAUAUGACAGGCAUGCUGUCUAAAACAUGUGAUUCAGAGGCAAAUGUUGUCCCACAAAUUGCACAUCAUUUUUUCUCAACUCAUUCGAACCCUGGACUCAUGUGCAUAAUUUUGAUGUUUUCUAUAUGUUUAGUAAAUUUUUGAAAGCCCAGGUGUGCAAUUUCCAAUUUUUCCAUUGAGUACAUUGUGCUUCCCUAAUUAGUUGCAUUUGACAAACUUCAAUCUUGUUUUUCUAGUGAAAGAGAAUGGCGAAUCUGAAAGUCCUAGUAACUACCCAACUGUAUCAACUGUUCCCAAAACUGAUGUUUUAUCAUCGCCAAGUAAUGGAACUAGCGAGUCAAACUAUCAAAAGCGAUGGCAGCAUUGGCAACAGCAUCAGUUUGUGUCUGGUGAGCUUUUCAAGACUUCAAGUAAGGUGAGAACACCGUUAAGAGUAUUUUAUGUUAGACAAAUAAAGAUGAGAUGCAUAUUGAAAGUUGGCUGCCAGUAUAGGUAGCGAAGAAUACAUUUUCCAGGCUUGUGUGUAUGCACAUGCAAUACCUGAAAAAUAAGAACAAACUUCAACAUUUUGAGCGAGCAUCCUUCAUCUGCGGCUACAGUAUUGACUCCAAAAUGAAGGGCCUGAAGUGUUCAAGUUUGUUCUUAGUUUACUGAUGGUUGCAUCAUACACAAGCAAAUAAUGUGAUCUAUAACAGAUUUUAUUUUGCUGCAAUGAUGAAGUAAUUAAUAGUUUCUGAAUCAAUGAUAUGUUGAUUCAAACCGAGCUUUUUAAAACUGAGCAGCAUCAUAUUUCUGACAAUGUUUUAUGUUAGGUCUAAAAUAGGCACAACAAUUCCCCAUACAUUCUCACUCCAUACUGGUUAAGUGUCGAGAGACUAUUUAUGGGUUAAACACUCAACUGCAGCAACCAAUAUUUUUUCAGAUAUCAAAUGGUAUUUCGCCAUCCAGUUCUGAGCCAGACGUGGAAAAACUUGUUGCAGAUGUCCAGCAACUUCAGUUGAAAGAACUGGAUCUCAAGGGACCUGACCAACAGGACCUCCUCAGUCCCACACAAACCCUUUCUGCCCCAGAUACACCCAGUACUCCUACCCAAGAGGCAUUUCUAUUGGCCAGUCCUGGCACACCAGAAACACCAAAAGCUUUCGACGCCGCAACAAGUCCUGUUGUGUUUCCACCUACGGAAGAAAGUGCAGCCAUCGCUGGUGAAGUGUCCACUGAGCAUGAUGACCCAGCCUCACAAGGUGAGUCUUUGCAAUCAAAGCUUUCCAAGCAACACACACACACAUGAAAAAAACUAUAGUUAGCUGCAAGCUGGAUUGUUAUCAUUUGAAAAUUUAAUAUUUUUUAUGAGAUUUUACUGUCGUUCCAAUUGAAGUGUUCCUCAAAUAUUGAUGCAAUACAUUACCUCGGGCUGACCGAUUCAUUUCAUCAAGUUCCUCGAGAUAUUCAUACACUUCCUGUGAAAGAGCCAAUUCCAAGUAUUUGAUCAUUUCUGGUCUCUUCCUGUCUAUUUAUGAUUGGUUUAGUUGCACAAACACAAAGGUGAUUGGUGCAUUCAAAAUAUUCAACAGGAAGUUUACAAUUAUACAAGGAAGUGUAUGAAUAUCUCGAGGAACUUGAUGAAAUGAAUUGGUCAGCCCGAGGUAAUGUAUUGAAUCAAUAUUUGAGCAACACUUCAAUUGGAACGACAGUAAGGCUUGACAUACAAACAUCGGUCAAACAUCUUGUAUUUUUUCAAUUUAAGAUGCGACUAUAGAAGCAGCUGAAGUUCCAUCACCCACGGCCUCGACGGAUUCUGAGCCCACACCACCUAUACCAGCAUCUCAGCUGUCUCCUGUACGAGAGAGAAAUAUUUCGCCAUCCUCUAGCGAUGGUAAGUACUCAGACACCAUUCAUUAUUCACCAUCAUGGGCAAUUAAUUAAAGACAAACAAAUUUAAAAUGUUGUUUUAGAUAAAUCAAAUGAAAAACCACUGUCUGUGUUUUAUGCCUUCAUAUCACCAGAAGUAUUGAAAACAGCAAAGAAACGUCAUGAAGCUGGCCAGAUGAUGGAAAUGGUUUAUCAGGUAACCAAUAUGUAAUUUUGACUGGCUAGAACCUGGUCACAACAAACAAUAGAGUACCUUGAAACAUGUAGAGUGUUGAACGUGCAAGAGGAAGGUUAUUCAAAGUUUAUUCCUCUGGUCAAGGAAGCAAAGUUUAUUUUAAUUUUUCAUUAACAGAAUUUUAAAUUUUCAAAUUUAGUACCAAGAACAAUUUUCUUUUUCUUUGUGGCGAUGGUCCUCCAUCAAACUCGUUGUUGUCUAUCUUCAAGUGUCCCGUAUUCCUUAGAUUCUAUCCCUUCAAAUACUGUGUUUUAGGUGUUAUCAAAAGGUGAAAUUAAGAUUGGUGCCGCACUGGAAGAUGAGAAUAGCAAAGGGCGCGCUUCGACUGCCUUGUUGUACCGCAGCAUACGUCAGCGUGUUUAUGGCAUUCUAUUGGAUAAGAAACUCUAUGACUCCGCUGGCGCUGAGCAACCGCGCACUCCACCACCGUCCAUCAGAGAAUGGUGUAUUUAUGGCGGGAAGAAACUGGAAAAACCAGAUAUGGUGGAACCGCUGAGUCUGAAAUGGGACGUGCCUGGGUGUAAGCAGUUAUGGCUAGGAACACAACCCAGUGACAAUACGAACAGAUUGAAAGCAUUUCUCUCAUGUAUGCUCAGCGAUUCACCCAGUAUGACAAAGACUACCAUGGUACCACAACGAUGUAUUAUUCUUUGCUGUGUAUUACGGUAAGCUGUUUGUUAAGUUUAGACUGUGUUCAUAGGACACGGUAACGAAAUAAUACCGCCAGAAUUGACGUGUGGUCACACUACUUGGGCCAAAUAAAAGUAAUAGUUGGUUUCAGGUUUCCGACUGACCUGUCAAAAUUAUGACUGACCAUAAACAUUUUAUUGACAUUUCCCAGUAGAGAUCAUCUUUUCGUAAAUAGCAGAAUAUAUAAAUGGUCGUCAGACUCAUUUGUCUACAAAUGAUUUUGUUUGCUUAUAAUUUAAUCAUUAUCUAGUCAUGUUAAUCAUAGUUUUACACAAAGAACAGUUGAAUAAAAUAUUUAAAACGUACAUUAUUCUGACAUGGCAGCUACGGCUGAAAAAAGACGAAAACGCCUUUGUGCGUUUGUUUCUUGCGAAACGCAUGUACGUAAUAUAUUUUAAAAUAGAAUAUUUUUUAAAAUAAAAUGUUUUUUCGACUACCUACCCAUAUAAAACAUGGCUGUGAAACCUGAAACCAACUAUUAUUUUUAUUUGGCCUCAUGUAAACCCAAAAUAUUUCAAAUAGAGCAAAGAAAUUUAAACGAAAAACAUUCGAAUUCACUGUUUUGAGACGUGAGAUUUUUAGUUUGCAAGCGGUACAAAAAAUAACUGCGUUUGUUCAAAUUGUCCGUAAAUUAUUAAUAAUGGCGAGCAUUAUUUGCGUUGCAGAUAUCUAAUUCAGAAACAAACAGGUCAUCCUAUUCUGCGCGCUCAAGAACUCGAAGCAUUCCUGGCGCAAGCGCUGUCGCCUCAUCUCACCACAGAAUGCAACGUGACAAACCUCAGUCAAAUUAAAGUUAACAAGGUGGAUGUACGUGGAGUUAACUUGGCAACAGUUUUCAUGCGUGGAGUUGAGACUGCAAUCUUUGCUAACGAUUCCUGCGGUUCCCCCAUCCCCUGGGAUCUGGUGUGUCCGUGGAAUUAUUUUGAUGGGAAAUUGUUUCAGAGUAAAUUGAACAUUACAAUGAGUGAUAGUGCGACGUUAUUGGAUCUCUGCGAUGGCAAUGUAAGUAUAUGCAAAUUUUGAUAGCUGAAUAGCUGUGACAA